UAUCUGCACAGCUGGAGCCUGGUGUAAAUAAUUAUGAAUACUUUUCUAAAAUGAUUGUUUUAUAUUUGUUUGCGAUCAGCAUUUCAGUGACAGGUGCAAAUGAAAGCGCAAUGGUUUCUACAAUACAAGAAGACAUGGUGCCCCCUGUAAUAGUUGGACAUCCCUCAGAAGUGACUCACCUGGUGACAAGGAGUUCGUUUCCAGAACGCGGUUCCAUAGCACCGAACUAUAUGCGGAUGGAAUACAUAUCCACAGCUAUUACGAUGGUCUGCCGAGCUGAAGGUCCGGAUAUCCAAUACAGCUGGAAGAAAGAUGACAAGCCAGUAAAUACGAGUGGAUCUCGCAUCACCCUGACUUCUACCGGAGACCUCGUCAUCACGGCACCCAGCGAGCAGGACUCAGGAGCUUAUCAGUGCUUCGCAACAAACGACCUAGGAACGGCGGCUUCAACUAUGGGUCUUCUCAAACACGUCUGGAUAGGACUACCCUUGCCGAACCCCCAAUGGAUAACACACGUUAACGUCACCCACGGUGAUCCAUUAAAGCUACAGUGUCCGCAAGUGAAAGGUUUCCCUGAACCAAGCUAUGUUUGGGACAAGUCUGAUGAUGAAAGAGUGACACAAGGACCUACAGGGGAGUUGUGGCUUUCUUAUGUGAAUGAUGAAGAGGUGAAAGGUAAUCAGAUAACUUGCUAUGCCCGAACUACUUAUAUUCGGGAGAAUGUGCAGACUUUUGCUGUCGCUGUCAAAGAAGAUGAGUCAAUUAACGUGAGAAUAACAAAACCUGUUAAAUUAUAUGUCACAGAGAAACUUGAAGUCGUAAGCGGUGAUACGGCUACAAUUUAUUGUAUUUUCGGAGGACGUUCAAAAGUAUCCUGGUCAAGAAAAGGGCAACCUAUAUCACAAGACCCCGAAGUAUCUAUAAGUUACAAUGGUCGUGUCCUGACGAUAGCCCGAGUGUCAGCAGCUGACGCGGGGGUCCGCUCGUGCGGGGUGCGGAGAAAGAAUAACAGAACUUCAGUCUUUGUCGAUACGGAGAUUAUAGUAAAUGACAAACCAAGAUUAAAAUCCAAACCCAAAAGCAUGACAUUGCCAGUGGGAAAAACAAUAAACAUUACUUGCAAUGCUACAGGAAAACCACAACCGAGAAUUUCUUGGUUUUUCAAUGGAAAGCUUCUGGGAAAGUUCGAGAAAGGCACCAGUGCUUAUGAAAUAGAUAAUGAUUGGCUCAUUAUUUCUGCUGCUGGUUAUAAUAAUACGGGGAACUAUGCGUGCACGGCCGUCAACAAAGUUGGGACUGAUUAUCACAACUUCUACAUACUAGUAACGCAAGCCACUGCAGCCUCUCUCGUGCUUACUAUCGUGAGCGGCGUUGUCUGUGCGCUCAUGAUACUGAUCAUCGCCUAUAUUUCUUGUAUUUGGCUAAAGAAUAGAAGAGGAAAAUCCUCGCCCACAGAAGACAUAAUGUUGAACCGCGUGUUGCCAAUAACUCUGUACUUCGCGGACGCGUGGCAGUUCAACCGCGGGCGCGCGCUGCUGCUGGACCGCCUCGGACACGGACACUUCGGCCGAGUGUACUCCGCCGAGGCUGUAUUUAAAGGGAAACACGGCGGCGUCAUUAAGCUAGCUUUACAUGAAGACAUAAUGUUGAACCGCGUGUUGCCAAUAACUUGGUACUUCGCGGACGCGUGGCAGUUCAACCGCGGGCGCGCGCUGCUGCUGGACCGCCUCGGACACGGACACUUCGGCCGAGUGUACUCCGCCGAGGCUGUGUUUAAAGGAAAACGUUAG